AUGGGAACCAGUGAGGAAGAGGAAUCUACCAAAACUAAAAAGCCUUCUUCACCUGUAACAGUUGAUCAGACCAAUCAGACCAACCAGGCGAAUAUUCAUGUCUAUCCUGAUUGGGCAACCAUGCAGGCAUAUUAUGGACCUAGAGUUGCCAUGCCACCAUACUACAACUCAGCUGUGGCUUCUGGUCACCCUCCUCACCCAUACAUGUGGGGGCCACCACAGACUAUGAUGCAACCUUAUGGACAUCCUUAUGCAGCAAUGUAUCCACAUGGAGGGGUUUAUACUCACCCUGCAGUUCCUAUUGGGCCGCAUCCACAUGGUCAAGGAAUUUCAUCUUCACCUGCUACCGGAACUCCUUUAAGCAUAGAGACACCUCCUAAAUCAUCUGGAAAUACCGAUCAGGGUCUGAUGAAGAAAUUAAAAGGGUUUGAUGGACUUGCGAUGUCAAUAGGAAAUGGCCAUGCUGAGAGUGCAGAGCCUGGAGCUGAAAGUAGGCUAUCACACAGUGUGGAUACUGACGGUUCGAGUAAUGGAAGUGACGGGAACACUUCAGGGGCUAAUCAAACAAGGAAAAGAAGCCGUGAGGGAACACCGACUACUGACGGGGAAGAGAAAACUCAGACACAUGGAAGUGAUGUUUCCAACGAAAUUGUAGCUUCCAACAAGAUGAUGGCAGUUGCCCCUGCCGGUGUAGCAGGACAACUAGUUGUGCCUGCAGUUUCUUCUGCAAUGACCACUGCACUGGAGCUGAGAAAGCCUUCCAUUGUUCAUUCUAAAACAAAUCCUGCCGCAGAAGGUUGGUUACAGAAUGAGCGUGAACUGAAGCGUGAGAGGAGGAAACAAUCAAAUCGAGAAUCUGCUAGGAGGUCAAGACUAAGGAAGCAGGCUGAGGCGGAAGAGCUGGCACGAAAAGUUGAUGCGUUGAAUGCCGAGAGUGCCUCGCUUAAAUCAGAAAUAAAUCGACUGGCCGAGAGUUCUGAAAAACUGAAGAUGGAAAAUGCUGCACUAAAGGAAAAAUUUAAAAUUGCUCAACUUGGACAACCAAAAGAGAUAAUUUUGACCAACAUUGACAGCCAGGCCCAGAGGAUUACACCAGUAAGUACAGAAAACUUAUUAUCAAGAGUUAAUAAUAAUUCAGGUUCUAAUGAUAGAACUGUGGAGGAUGAGAAUGGUUAUUGUGACAACAAACCAAACAAUGGUGCAAAACUGCAUCAACUAUUGGAUACAAGUCCUAGAGCCGACGCCGUGGCUGCUGGUUGA